AUGGCGGAGCAUGAUGGAAACUCGGGAACUGGAGGGUUGAGUCCUCGAUUACCACGCCGUGCCUCCUCGAGGUUGCCACUGAGAGACAGCAUUCUCGGAACAGACACUGGAGAGAGAGAAGGUGAUGAGAGCGUUCUGCUUCAAGAUUUUGGAGCGCGGAAUGAAGCCGAUCCUGGAAGACCAGCGGAUGGCGGGGAUGGCGGGGGGCGUGGGAGACAUCCCAAUGCUCCAGGGCGUGUGCAUGCUUCACUGGAUACUCCUAGACCUGCGCUGCUGAACCUGGAUAUGCCCCAGCGGAGACCGUCACAGGCUCGUGUCCGCUUUUCAACAGAUCUAGAGCGUACUCCGGACACUAGUGCUCAGAGCCUGGUACGAGAAUUUCCUGCUGGAGCCGGAGAGGACGGUAAUAGGCGUGCCCCUGGCUUGGGACUGACAUUGGACACAUCCUCCCCGACUUCACUAUCAGAUCCACGACGCUUCUCCCCGCAAAGCGCUGGUGAGAUGAUAUCGCCACGCUCAUCUACAGACGCUGUCUCUUCCUUACAUGGUGUUCCUCCCAUCUCUCCCAUCUCUCGAAGUCGGGGUUACUCGCUGCGACGAUCUCUCUUUACUCGGAACAUUGCCAGCCAAUCAGAGGAGGAUGGGACGAAUAUUGAAUUAGACCGGGAGCUGCCAUCUGGAAAUGAGGCUCUGUCACGGGUCUCUUCUAAGCAACAACAGCACCUACAUCCGGAGAAGACCAAUCCAGAAGUCCUUGUCCCAGCCACAGCUAGCACUAAGGAUGAAGAAUCCACCACAUUCACCGACCCGAAGGACCUAUUAAGGGAAAAGCUACCAUACUCUGUCAGGGCUGCCGCAUCUAAAGUGCGUUCCACGCAUGAAUUCGCGCUGGGCCGACUGAAGAAUUUUACAGAUGUUUUUCGCAGAUAUGUCCUGCGCAUCAAAGAAAUCCCUCCUAGCAAGGAUGGCCGACAUAUCGAUCUUAACGUACGGCGGCAAUACCCUCUCAUUGACGAACGGACGGGAAGACAGUAUGUCAGCAAUCACAUACGGUCUAGCCGAUACAGCGCGUGGAGCUUCUUCCCGCGACAAUUGGUAGCACAAUUUUCAAAAUUUGCGAAUUUCUAUUUCCUAGUCGUUUCAAUUUUACAAUUGAUACCAGGUCUGAGUACCACAGGCACUUUCACCACCUUCGUUCCGCUGAUGGUUUUCGUUGGUAUUUCUAUGGGGAAGGAAGGGAUUGAUGAUCUACGUCGAUACCGAUUAGACAAGGAGGAGAAUAAUCGUAUCGCCUACAUUCUUCGGCCCCGCAACAACAAUAAGGGUAAUAACGAUUCCUUGGAACCCAAGAAUUCUAAGGACACCGAGUCUGAGUUAAACAGUAAUGGUGGGGAAUACUGGGCUCCGACGAAAUGGGUGGACAUUCAGGUGGGCGAUGUAAUCAAGCUAUCGCGCGAUCAACCAGCUCCUGCCGAUCUCGUCCUUCUCCAUGCCGAAAAUGUGAACAACAUCGCAUACAUCGAGACCAUGGCGCUGGACGGCGAGACAAACCUGAAGAGCAAGCAACCCUGCCCUCCCGUCGCAGAGACAUGCAGGACAGCAGAAGAUGUCCUCCACAAUACAUCCAUUCACUUCACCGUCGAAGAUCCCAACAUAGACCUCUAUAAAUUCGACGGCAACGUCACUGUGGGCCAGGAGAAAUUACCCCUGACCAAUUCAGAGGUGAUAUACCGCGGUAGCAUCCUGCGGAAUACCCACGAAGCAUUCGGGAUGGUCAUAUACACGGGUGAAGAGUGCAAGAUACGCAUGAACGCCAAUAAAAACCCGCGCAUAAAGGCGCCCGCACUACAGACGGUGGUGAACCGCGUUGUCGCGGUUAUUGUUCUGUUCGUCGUCGUCCUUGCCUCCGCGUGUACGAUUGCGUAUAAGUUCUGGUCGCGAGAUGUGGAGGAUAAGUCGUGGUAUCUGGAGCAUGCGGAUGUGUCGUAUGGGCCGAUUUUCACGUCGUUUCUGAUUAUGUUUAAUACCAUGAUACCUAUAUCGCUUUAUGUCAGUUUGGAGAUUGUGAAGGUUGCGCAGAUAUUUUUUUUGAACGAUAUUGAUAUGUAUGAUGAGGCGUCGGAUACGCCGUUGGAGGCGAGGACUUCGACGAUUAAUGAGGAGUUGGGGCAGGUUAGUUCCGUAAAAAUGAGCGUUGCAGGCACUGCAUGGCUUCAUGAUACAGAUUUACAAGAGGAAGCUGCCCGAGAGGCAGAUCGCAAGAUGCUUCUACAUAAAAAGCGCCUCUCCAGAGGGAAAAGGGCCGCCUCGUGGAAAUCAGCCACAGAUGAUCACCAAGCCGUAGCCAGGAAAUCCGGCGUUUCAACGUACAGAUGCAAUGAAGCCUCAUCCCCCACCCCCACCCGCUGGAGGUCAAACAGGAGAGGCAGAGCCCACUAUGGAGGGCGGACUGUGGAGAUGCUAGAAUAUAUACAGCAGAGACCACAUACGAUGUUCGCGCGCAAGGUGAAAUUCUUCAUCCUGGCCCUCGCCCUGUGCCACACGUGCUUUCCAGAACGUGACAGCGACGGCAAUAUUUCGUUCCAGGCUGCAUCCCCAGAUGAAGCUGCUUUGAUCGUUGCCGCGGAGGAAAUGGGCUAUUUAGUCGUGGAUAGACAGCCCAACACGCUAACCAUCCGACUCACCCCAGCAGGACAAGACGGAGAAGAUGCUAUUGAAGAAGUCUAUGAGAUUUUAGAUGUCAUUGAGUUUUCCAGUGCGCGGAAAAGGAUGUCCAUUGUCGUCCGUAUGCCAGAUCGGCGUAUUUGCAUCUUCUGCAAGGGUGCAGAUUCGGCGCUUAUAAGCCUUCUAAGACGGUCGCGUCUUGCGGCGGAAAAAGUUGCGGAAAUCGAAACGCGUGCCAACCGUAGGAAGUCUCUUGAGGCUAAAGAGGUUAUGAGACGGAAUAGCGAACACGUGCAUCGCAAGGACAGCAUGCGGGCUAGCAUGAGUAUUGGCCGUCCUAGCUUUGCAACUGUUCGUCGGUCUAGUGUUUCGGGGAAAGUGCAUCCGUCAUUACGGGACAGUAUCAGUGUUUGGCUCCGUGAUCGGGAGACGGAUGGCGGUUUGGAGCUGAGAGAUGAUAAGGACGACCACUAUUAUAGUCCACGACCAUCUGCGCAAUUUACCCCGCGAACAUCUGGAGUGCUUUCGGAGUCUCGCCCGUCGUUUCAGGUGGAUGAUAGCGAGGGGUUGGUCGAGGAGGCGAUGGUGGUGAAUGAGGCGAUGGUUUUCGAGAGAUGUUUCCAGCAUUUGAAUGACUUUGCGACGGAGGGAUUGCGAACACUAUUGUAUGGGUAUCGCUUUAUUGACGAGGAAGAUUAUCAGAAGUGGAAAGCUGUCUACCGCGAGGCGACAACGAGCUUGGUGGAUAGGCAGGAGAAGAUCGAAAGGGCUGGGGAGCAGAUUGAGGCACAGCUGGAGCUGAUUGGUGCCACCGCUAUUGAAGAUAAGCUUCAAAAGGGCGUCCCUGAGGCGAUUGAUAAACUGCGACGUGCCAAUAUUAAACUUUGGAUGCUUACUGGGGAUAAGCGAGAGACGGCGAUAAAUAUCGGUCAUUCUUGUCGGUUGGUGAAGGACUAUUCUACAGUGACGAUAUUGGAUCAUGAUGCUUGUGAUGUUGAGCGGACGAUCUUGGAAACGACGAGUGAGAUUUUGAAGGGGGGUUCUGCCCAUUCCGUGGUUGUGGUGGAUGGGCAGACGCUGUCGAUUAUCGAGGCAGAUGCGAUACUUCAGGAGCGCUUUUUUGAUCUAGCAAUUCUAGCGGACUCUGUCAUCUGUUGUCGUGCUAGUCCCAAGCAGAAGGCGUUCCUUGUCCAAUCGAUUCGGAAGCGGGUCAAGAAAUCAAUCACACUUGCGAUUGGCGAUGGUGCCAAUGAUAUCGCCAUGAUCCAGGAAGCGCACGUGGGGAUUGGCAUCACCGGCAAGGAAGGUUUGCAAGCUGCUAGGAUAUCCGACUACUCAAUUGCGCAGUUUAGAUUCCUGGUCAAACUCCUCCUCGUCCAUGGCCGCUGGAACUACAUCCGUGUAUGCAAAUAUACCCUAGGCACAUUCUGGAAAGAAACCAUCUUCUACCUGACCCAAGCCCUCUACCAGCGUUGGAAUGGCUACACGGGGACCAGUCUCUACGAACCCUGGUCUUUAAGCAUGUUCAACACCUUCUUCACCUCCCUCCCCGUCAUCUUCCUCGGAAUUUUCGAAAAGGACCUCUCAGCCUCUACCCUCCUUGCUGUCCCGGAACUGUACACCAAAGGCCAACGCAACGGUGGCUUCAACGUCAAACUUUACGUGGGCUGGGCCUUCAUGGGCAGCUGUGAAGCCAUGAUCGUCUACUUCAUCAUGUACAGCCUCUUCGGCCGCGCGUUGUUUACCCUAGACAACGGUGUCUUCGCCAUGGGCUUGCUCACCUACACCGCCUGCGUAAUAAUCAUCAAUCUCAAACUACAACUGCUCGAAAUUCGCUACCGCACAGUCAUGGCAGCUAUAUCCGUCAUCCUUUCCGUCAACAGUUGGUUCGUCUGGAACUUAAUACUCUCAGCCCGUUACAAGAUCAACGCAAUCUACAACGUCCGCGACAACUUCCUGUCACGCACCGGCCGCAACCUGCUCUGGUGGGUGACCCUUUUCCUCAUCGUGAUGACCGUGAUUCUCUUCGAAAUAUCCGUGACGACAUUGCGUGUCACCCUUUUCCCGACCGAUGUAGACUAUUUCCAGGAGUAUGAACAGGAUUUGGAUAUUCGGAAGCGGUUUGAGGAGGCGGCGGCGUUGGAGUUGCAGCAGGGGUGGGAUCGGGGGACGAAGAAAUCGAGCUUGGAGGUCUUGAGGGAGGCGGAGAUUGAUGCGGAGAGGGAGAUGCAGGUGCAGGAGUUGCUGGAUCGGAGGGCAACGGUGGUGGAAGGGGAAGCGGCUGGUGGGCAUUCCGGGAAUUCUGGAAGUGGCCGUGGCUACGGUGGUGGACGUCGAUAUGGUCUGGGGAAAGAAGGGAAGAAGCAUCAUAAUAAUGUUCAGAUGGAAGAGGCGGACUUGGGAAAUAAUCGGCCCUCUAUGAAUGGGUAG